AUGCACGCCGCAGCACCGGCCUCACACGAUCCCCCACCUGCCCCACCACCGGCCGACACCUUCCAACCUGACCAUCAUCACCACCAUGCCCCUGACCAUGACCAUGAUCCGCCCGUACACCUCCCGCCUCUUGAAUACCCUCCGCCCGACGAGCCUCCACCAUCCUACGACGAUGCCGUCGGGAUGACUGGUGCGCCACCAGGCUAUGGCACCUUCAGACCAUAUAGCGAGGAAUCUUCCAUAGCGAGCAGCGAAGUCGAGUCCACCCAUCGCGCACUUCCUGAAUGGUUUGGACAGGCAUUGGUCGUGUUCAUCUUCAUAUGCCUCAUAUAUGGCUUCUGGGAGUUCAUCAAUACUCCCGAUGUACCCUCAGAAUGGCCAGGCAAUGGGCGCUUCAGACCGUCGGGCACUUGA